AUGUUCGCCGUUGUGGAAUUUUUGAAAUCUGACAUGGAGUCGACUGGAGAAAUUUCUGUUGUGCCAUUGAUGUGGUUACACAAGAACCAAACCAAAUGUUAUUGGCCAAACCGCACCAAUAAAAUUCCAUUCCAAAAAUUUGUUGAGAGCCUCACCCCAUUCAAAAAGACCUGGCCUACUUAUAGGGUGAAAUGUCAUUUCACCUGUGCAACAUAUGAACAAGCAGAUAACAAUUUGAAAAACAUUUUGACAGACAACUAUGAAUCUGCUGAUUCUAAUAUAUCAUUAUGCCAAAAAAGCAUCCUUAAUGAGUCUGAUGAAUCACUCUGCUCUAGGAGUCUAUCCCCAAAUAUCCUUUCCACACCAGAAGUAUCUAAAAAUAUUCCUGAUGUGACUAAUUCACCCUCAACAUUCAUUUGUGAAGAUGAAGGUGCCAAGAGAAUGCGGCUGGAUGACGAUGAAAUUAAUAUUCCAUUGUCUCAGUUGUCACAUUCCUCACAGCAUAAUAUUAUUUCUGAUGGAGAAAUGUCUUCAAGGCCCUCUUCCAUUGUUUCUUGCAGCUCCAGAGCUAGAAGUAGUAUUAUUCCUCUGGCAAAAAACACAGAAUUCGAGAAUGUUGUUCUACAAACAUUGAGCCAAAUUUCUGCCAGUGUUUCCCAACAUUCAAUUCUGCUGGCUGAAAUAAAUAGACGCACUAGUAUGACUGGAGCUGAAAACCUAGUGCCACCUGUUGACUUACCAGAUUUUCCAUUCACAAUCCUGCUGAACUUUCAGGAAUUUGACUUGAAACUCAGGGAUGAUCAAGCAUUAUGGACAUACAUGGUAAGAAAAUUAGCCACUCUUGGUGGGUCUGGCACAGAAAGCCAUACAAGAAGAAUGCUGAAAUAUCUUCUGUCUGAUGAAGUAGCAAGAAACUUCAACUGGAAGGGAAGAGAAAAAAUAUCUUUUGAGAAGCUCAAAACAAAACAGCUGAUAUUAGAUGCUGUGAAGUAUGCUUUUCCCUCAAGAGAAAUAGAUGAGUACAAAUUAUGUAAUGUCAUAAAAGAAUGGCUCAAAUUUGCUUCCACAAGGUUGAUCAAAGGAAAAAAAUCUAUUCCAACAAACACGUAG